UUACUACAAAUAAUUAUUAUUUUCUAUUAAUUGCGGUUUACAUAAUUUGUUCUAUAAUGAAUAAUUAUCAUACAAAACACAUCACAAUUUAUAUAAUUUGAUAAGUGAUGGUUUUUGAACAUAGCGAAAUCAAUAUGGCGCAUGUUGAUAUGACAAAUUGACAGCAUUGUUUUGUCUUUGUAGUAAGUUGUAAUGUUUCUUUUACAUAUCCAAUUAAAGAACAAUAAAAUUUAAGAAUGACGAGACCGUUCGGUAACAGUGACAAACGAUUUUCAAUCGACGACGCCUUCGAGGAGGAGACCGACGAAGCUAUAAAAGUGUAUGGCGCUACGGGCGACAGAUCGCCGUUGCAGAAUAAUAAAUAUAAGAAUGGAAGCGAAUAUUUAUCCAGUAAAACAUACAAAUGUACAGACGACACGACCUCCCGAGACUCAGACUCUCUCAUCCACGAAUAUGUAGAGGCCACACAAGCAACAUACUGCUGGAACCAUCCCAAAGUCAGAGAGAACUGGAAGACGGUGUGCGCCGCGGUCAUUCUGCUGGUGGUUGGCGUGGGCUUACUGGGGAUGGGCGCCUUUGCUGUUGCUGAGCCGGAGAAUGGACUCCAGGGAGCGGUUUUCUUUGUAGCCGGUAUGAUCUGCUUCGUCCCCGGCGCCUACCACGUGGUGUACAUCUGGUUGGCGGCGCGCGGGCAACGAGGCUACGACUUCUACCAUCUGCCGCUCUUCACCUGAUCGCCUUUAGUAAGCCUUAGAAUUCAUCUCAUCUUGUUAGGGCCCAGUCAGUUGUUGAGUUCAUGUAGUGUUCAAAAUAAUAGCAGUUGUGUUUUUAAAUAAAAAGAGUGAACAAAGCGUUUCAAAAAAAGUUUCGUGGAAAAAAAAAUAGUUCAAUAGCCGGGUCCACACUGAGUGAGCAUACGCGCGAAGCAUAGAUAAAAAUAUGUUCUUCUCUUUUCAUCCAGUUUAACUUUUCAAAUGUCUGUGCUGGUCGAAAUUUGUUUAAAAAAAAUGCAAAGAUGAGUUAAAAUUACACGGGCAUUUUUUUAAAUAAAUCUUACUAAUCUGGAUAUUAUUGGGCUCAUUCUAUUCAGAAACGACAGCAUUCUCCAUCCUACCAUUAAAAAAAGACGUCCCAAAAUGUCCGUUCCAUUACGUCACGUUUUUGUGUGAACAUUUUUUUAACUUGACGUAGUGGAAAUUACAAUUUUCAUACAAAAUUUUUGGAAGUUUUUUUAGCAUUAGGAUUGAAUAUACUAGUUAUUCUGAGUUGAAAGAACCCAAAAACACCAGUAUCAGUGAGAAUCAAUAGCAGUACUCAUAAUUUUUUUUAAUAAAAAUCUCACACAGGCAGGAGAAUAAUCCGCCCGCGCCAAAAACGUCAGUUUACUCUAAUUAAUUAAUUAAAAAUAUCACAACUAUUGAUCUCCUAAAUAAAUUGAAUUUUGAACGCUAGAUUAGCUGCUGACUGUCCUAACCUGUAGGAACUUUGGGAUAAUGACUGGUACCAUAUUGGGAACAUUCCUAUUUUGGGAAUAUUUCUGUAAAUGGCAUAUCGGUAUUUGCUAUAAGUGUCAUACGCGGUUAGUGAUGCUUUGUCACUUCAUUUUUUUAAAUUUAGAAAAUUAUUUAUUUUUAUCUCUUAAAUUCUCUUUUUUUCUUUAAGACGAAACCCUUUAAGAGAAAAUAAAUACAGUAUAUUCUUAAUACCUACUUAUUGUCUUUGGACUGUAAAUUGAACUGGAACUAUCUAGAGCUGAAUUGAACUCAGUUCAUAUAAGUGUUUAAAAAAUGUUGCAAUUAAAACCUUUGAAUUAAAGACUUUGUCAUACUCGUCAUGCCAUUGAAAUAAUACCACAGGUACAAAACACUAUUGUUUCUGAUAAUCAGAAGCCUUUCAUAUCAAUUAUAUUAUGUCAUAGGCUAGGGCUGCGUUGAUGUGUGUGUUACAAACCAAUAGAAUCACUACACGCUGAGCAAGGAAAACAAAUGAAUUCCAAAAAAAAGAAGGAACAAAGGAAUUCUAUUGGUUCAACACAUCCCUCGCUACGCAUCCUCGCACGUCUUUGGUGGAAUGCAGCCUAAAUGAAUAACUCAGUUAUGUUAGUCUGUGGUCAGUGGCUAUGUGACACAAAGAAAUAGAGCAUUAUUUUAUUUUAUUCGAUUAACAUUUCAUAAUGUUAUAUAGAAGAUCCUCCUACUGGAAGGAAUAAAAGAUUAUUUUGUGCAACUUUAAUUGAGGCUUAUUUAAUUGAGUCCAUUAUAUAACGAAUUUUAGUCGUAUAUUAUUAAUUACUAUACCAGUAAAGAGAAUUGAUUGUAAUAGAGGGGUAAAGUCUAAGAAAAAAACGUAGCUCUUAGUAGGAUGUCCAAAACAGAUGGCGCUGUACUGCGCUGUUUUGCGGUCACUAAAUUGUCAAACGUCAAAGCUGCUCUACACGAUGGCCCAGCGUCGGCCAGUCCAAGGGACGCAUUUAUGCGUUAGAGGGAGCAAGUGACAUUGCUAUCUCCUUCCACCGCAUAGCUGCGUCCCUUAGGCUGGCCUACGCUGGGCCAUCAUGUAGAGGAGCCCUCAACUUUUGACAAUCAGAGUUACCGCAAAAUGUAUGGAGCCGUACAGCGCCAUUUCGUUUACCUGCACGAAAUUGUCUUAGAUUUUACACAUCUUAAUCAAUGUAUCUUUGACUACAGUACAGGUUACUUCGUUACACAAAGGAUAAAUUAAAUUGUACGAAAAGGAAAAUGCUUGCUGUUUAACUGUGUACAUUUUUUUAUUAUUCAUAUCCAUAAGAAUGCCCAGGUCGAUAUUAUUUUUAAUUCGUCAUUUUGUCAUUAUUGAUACAGUUUCUUACAGAAAGUUGGUCAGAAAUAUAAAUAAAUAAACAUCUGGGGACAGUCUUACACUGAUUACACUAGCCCCAAACUAAGUAAAGCUUGUACUAAGAACUGUCACAUUUCUUAAAAUUUUCGAAAGUGUCUCUACUUUUGUCCUCGGCUCCGCGCACGCCUCCGAAAUAACUAGCAUUAUAUUUUAAGAAUUUUAUUCAUUCAUAUUCUUCGAAUAAUUAAUACUUAUGGAAACUUCGUAAGUAGUAAAUAGGGCGAGGCAGGUAUAGGCAAAGAGAAAAACUUAUAAUAGGUAUAUCUGUAUUAUACUACGAUUAUAUUUACGGGACGAUAAAAUUGACAUGUUAUUAAAGGUUAUAUUUGACAAAUCUGCGCGUCAUCGUGGAUGACACGAACUAUAUUGUUUAUAGUUAAACUAAAAAAGUGGCUGUGACAUAAUCGGACAGACUGACGGAUAUGACGAAUCUAUAAGGGUUCCAUUUUUGCCAUUUGGCUACGGAACCCUAAAAAGAUACGGUGGAAAAAAAAGGCUAGCAUGUUCAACCAACUUUCACUCUUUUCACAUUUGGACUCUUAAAUUGUCCUGCCCUCUGAGGUUUUUUUGACAAAUUAUAACAGAUUCGACAACGUCGCAAUUAUUUGAAGCUAUGCAAUACAGGGAUAAUUAAAAUAACCGUUUGAAAUAGAAGCGAUGUUUCGAAUUUAUCGGUUGAAUCAUUAGAAAACUUUAUGUUCCAACUUUGUCCUGUUUAUAAUAUUUUAUACUUAUCAUGAUAUAACAAAAUACAAAGACUUCUACAAAAAUGUUUUAAAAUAUCUACAUAAAUAAACUUACAGUUUUUGUGUAAAGAUAAUAUUAAAAUAAAUUAUUGCAUUCAUGUUUAGUUUAAGAGUGGCAACAUUCUUUUACAUGUCAAUACCUUAAUUUGUCAAGUCUUUGUAGUAGAAGGAAUAAAAAUUAUUUUCACAAUUUAAUCCACUGCUUCGAGCAACACCGGCUUCCGACACGUCAGAAGGGAGGAGCCUAAGCGAUAUCUUACCGAACAAAUCGUUCUGCCAUUUUUUGCGGGGGGAAACGUGCACACAGUCGCACUUCUCACUCACUACAUACAAAAUCCAAUCUGUAAUGACGACACAAAUACAUAGAAAAUGACACACGUCAAAGACAAAUCUUGCACACCUCGAUCUCUUUUUGUGUACGGACGAGUCACAACAUGCACCGCCAUAGGCACAGUUGUGCCUAUGCUUUGGCAGAGGGGAAAUAGUAUGAAUGCCGUCUCCCUUCCCUGUGUUGCUCGAAGAUUCACUGUGUCACGAAGAUUGGUCAUACAAUUCUCAAACAGAAAUUUAAAGGUUAUCAUUUAGUGUUACAUUAAGUUUUAAUUUAAAUUAUUAUAAAUAUGUGGUACAGAAUUGCGCUUAGGUUUUGCGCGUAGCAGAAGAAAAUAAAGAGAUGCAGAAGAGUUCGAAAAACAGAGUUCUUAGUAUACGUAUGACAUAAGUUAAUGCAUAGUGGUGUAUGGAUGAAUUUAAAAAAAUGUUCUUACACAGUUAAGAAAUUUACUUUGUGUAACGAGACGUAUUUUAUUUUAUGACUAAGUUUCGUUACACAAUACGAAUGAAUGCCUUAAAAAUGUGAAUAAAAAAAAAUUCUCUUGUAAUAUUAAUAAGAAGAAUUGGGGUUGUAUAACUAUCUAGUCUAACUUUUUUAUCCAUUAAAUCUCACUUGAAUUAUCUAUAUUAAUUUGCCAUGGGUUAGAAAUUUAUAUGACUAUAUGUCUUAGGUCUGAUUUUUCAAACAUCAGAUAAAAGUAUCUGUCAGAUAAAGAUAACACGCUCCCUUUCUUUCACAAACAAAGAAUAAAAAGAGUGUCAUAUUUAUCUGAGAGAUAACUUUAUCUAAUGAUUGAAAAAUCAGACCUUAGACGCGUAGGAGAUACAUUUUAUAAGUUUAUAUUCAUAUGGCACCUGAUUGAAGAGUAAAAAUAUGUUACCUUUUGCUGAGGAUUUUACUAACUACUAUUUAGGUGUAAUAAUUGAGUAUAAAUUUUGUCAGUGUUUUGUGUUGUGUAUUUUUUGUGUGAUAAUUUGUAGUUUUUUAAUUUUUAUAAAUAAAUCUGUCCGACUAAUAUGUAUAAAGUCUUAUAUAAAUGUAUGUAUUUAGUAAUCACUUGUAAAUAUAUCAUUAAAUUAUUCAAAUUACUCUUAAAUUAAGAUAAACUGGAUUACUUAAUGUUUAUUAUAAUAAUAAAAAAUUACGCAAAAUAUUAUUUUACUCGAAAAUAGUUUAAACAGUCAAAACAAUAUGUAAGAAUGACGGUGGUGUAAACUGGAAGAUUCUUUAAUAUUAGUCUUUGUAAUCUUAACACAUUCACUGCCGGGAACCCACCUGGUGGGCGCUCGUGAACUUUGUUCAGAUGCCGGACAACCCGCUGGGCGGGUUGUUUUGUACGCAGCUAUAGACCACCGGUUUCUGGGGUAGUGCGCCGUUUUUUGUCUGGCAGUGAAUGUGUUAAAUGAUUUUAUACUUAUUUAUUCAAAUAGGUACGUUCUUGCUUAAUAUUAUAAUUACACACUUGAUUUGUAACCCGAUGUUUCAUAGCAUAGGAUCUUGGCUGUUCACUCACUUGGCCGUUUCCAUGGUGUUACCCAUUUAGUUAUAAAUGGCUGAUUACCGUUACACAAAUGAAUGAAAAAACUAUUUAACGUGUAUUUAAUUAUAUUAGGGUCGCACAGACAAGCAAAAAUAAAGAUGUAUUUUCCUUUAUCGAAAGUUAAGGAUACUAAUUAAUUGUUAGUUAUGAAAAUUGCCGCUGAUAGCGACGACUUUUUGGCAAAACAGUGAAAAUUGGUUCGCCUGUCUUAAAAUAUUAUAAUAUCCUUAGUUUCAAAAAUAGACAGAACCUAAAUAUUUGCAUGAACCAUCACUGCAUGGUUGCCUUUCCUGAGGCCAAAGAGAAUUUGGAAUAGAGGUGUAUUGUCAAAGAAAACUUUGUAGCGGCAUAAAUUUACUGCCAUCUUUCGACACAUAAUUAAAACUUUUAGAACGCCAUUUGACUUUGAUCCUUAUUCUUUCCCUGAUUGCUGCCAGCAAAUGUAUGCCGCUACAAAGUUUUCUUUGACAAUACACCUCUAUUACAAAUUCUCUUUGCUGAGGCGGAGAUAAAUAAAGAAAAAUAAAACUAAUUCCUCAUUAAUUUAUUAGGCGAUGGCCUCCCAGUCCCAUUCAACGUUGUAAUGCAGCGGAGAAGAGAUGAGAUGUGGAUUACAACCAGGGAUGUCACGAAUGUCGCAUUCUUCAUAUUCGCGAAUAGAAUGCGAAUCCGAAUGUCCGAAUGCGAAUAAGAAUGUUAGGGAAUAUCUAGUUGUUAUGAUCAUUCCUAAUUAUAGUUACCUUAGAACGGGAUCUACGACUUUCCUCACUCCAGGGAGUGAGACAAGCUUUCGUCAUAAUGAUGAUGCUCUUCAUUCAUCAUGAAUGUAAAUAAAUGUGAUUAACUUUACUUGAUGUUGAUUUUUUUUAACCUUUAAUAUGUUCUCACUACUGAGGUGAAAAGUUGUAUGUGUCACACUCACACGAGAGCAAAGUUAUAUUACAUCUCGUGUUUUUGAGUCCCCCGCUACGCUCAAGAUUCUUUCGCUUACUCAGGACUCAAAAUCAACACUCGCAAAAAAACCAACUUUCCUCUCUUAUUGCACAAAUACCUAUUGUGCGUUUGUUAUGAAGUGUUGAAAAAUGCUGUCUACUGGUCAUAAUGCAUUACUUGAAAACAGUUUGCGCGCACUGCCCAUACGUGAGCCGACGAAACGAGACACCUGCGCACAUUCGCAUUCGCAAAACAUUCGCUUCAUUUGAUGAAAAUGUUUAAAAUGAUGUGAAUAUUCGUAUAUACGAAUGCGAAUGUGAAUAUUUGUGACAUCCCUAAUUACAACCAACGCUAUUGGUUGAUUCCCGCACGUCUCCCCUCAUGGAAAGAUCAACAUACUAUAUGAAAUAUUUUUCACCACACCCACUGGUAAAGGCCUUCUUGAUUAUUCAAAAACUAAUGAGAAAGUUGCAUUUUAUCCACAUGUGGGGCAAAGUAAUCAGAUGCAUAUUUUGAGUUGUUUCCUUAUGUUAGCUGGUGGAAUUUAUUUUUAAAUGAUGAUUUUGAAAGAACUUUUUUAUUACGUUCAUUUGGUACUUGGUUUGAUUUUGGUGUGGUGAAAAUUUUUGUGUUUCACUCGGACACAGUUUGUUUAACCCUCGUGCCUUGAAACCAAGAUUCCACUUCUCGAACCACUUGUUACGAUCGUGGUUCAAUUAUAGAACCUUUCACUUGCUCGGGUAUCAAUAUACGCGCGAGCGGUUAAUCUACAACUUUGCCCCCAUGUAAAACAAAUAACUACUUAUUACCCUAUUUAUAAAACUCAGUGAAUUUACUUGAAUGUAUGAUGUUGACACAAAGUCCAUCCAAAAGAACAAUCUUCAUUAUGUUUAAUGUACUUUGAGGAGGCAAUUGUUUGAAGUAAUUAAGUUAAGUAAUAUUAUAGACUAUUAAAAGUGCCUAGACUUAUGUUUGAGAUCUAAAAGCAUCAUUUACAUCCUUUCCUCAUUAGUAUAAAAGCAAUAAAAAAUUAUUAAGCUGAAA